UUCUGCAAAGAUAAGCCGUGGGGCUCAACAUUAACUACAGAGUCCAUCCUUUCCAGGGAGGUGCUGGAUAUCAGAAGGGUUCUGGUGCAAAGUCUGGCGCAGAUCCGACACUAUGAGGGCAGCAGAUCAGAGCCGCGGUCUUCAGCCUCUCCACUGAACCGUCAAAAAGAGAAAAUGGGAAGUGCGAGUGAAGACCUGCUCGUCACACUCCAGAUCUUGCCCGGCUUCUUCUCCAACUGUCUCUUUCUGGCUCUGUACGACUCCGUAGUGCUGGUGAAGCGCGUCGUAGCCCUGCUGAGCCGGUCGCGCUCCGCCGGCUGCGGAGAGUGGCGCCGCAUGCUGACAUCCGAGGGGCUGCGCUCCAUCUGGAACAGCUUCCUGCUGGACGCCUACAAACAGGUGAAACUUGGCUGUGAGGCACCGAACUCCAAGGUGGUGAAGGUUCCUGAUGGACCUCGGUGGAGCAGCACUGUUGUCCCAUAUGGGUCAAGGAUCCAGACUGGAGGUGAAUGUCGCCUUCUGGAUUUUGAGUCAUCAGAUCGCCCUCUGGUGGUGAACUUUGGGUCGGCCACCUGACCCCCAUUCAUCAGCCACUUGCCUGCCUUCCGGCAGCUCGUGGAAGACUUCAGCGACGUGGCUGAUUUCCUGUUGGUCUAUAUUGAUGAGGCCCAUCCUUCCGAUGGCUGGGUGGCCCCUCCCAUGGGGCCCUGUUCUUUCAGUUUCCGAAAACACCAGAACCUUGAGGAGAGAAUAGGAGCUGCACGCCAACUCAUCGAUCACUUUUCCCUACCGCCACAGUGCCAGCUAGUGGCUGACUGCAUGGAUAACAAUGCCAACGUGGCUUACGGGGUGGCAAAUGAACGGGUCUGCAUAGUGCACCAAAGGAAGAUCGCCUACCUGGGAGGAAAGGGACCGUUUUUCUACAACCUGAAGGAUGUGAGGCAGUGGCUGGAACAGAGUUACGGCAGACGGUAGGAGUUAUGAAUGACAUGACAGAGGACACGUGAAAACAGAGCUUCUUGGCUUUGUAUAAGGUAAACUGAAAAAGGUUUGUCAUAAAGAUGUCAGCCAUUGGGCUCUAAACAACUAUUUCCUGGAACUGCAGAGCACUUUUUUUGUUUUCGUACACACCGAGUGUGUUUUGUCCGCGUUUGUACCGAUUUGCUGCUGAAAAACCUGUUUUAAGAAGAAAAACACAAAUUUCCAAAUUUGAAAAUAUUUAAAAAAGAUUUUGUGAUUAUUUUUAGAAGGAUUGUAUAUUUUUUACAUCUUUGUUAGAUGUUUUUUGCACUAUUCCAACAAGUCAACUUUUAUCUGCAUCUUUACCUUCUUGCUUUUCCAUGCAGGACAUGCUGCAGCAUUGUUCUCAAUCAUGUUUUGAUAUAAAAUCAAAAUAGAUUUAAUGUGGCAGAAAUUUGACUCAAUGUGGUAUUUCCUUUUCAUCUCAUUGUUAUUUUAAAAGGGGUUCUUUCUUACAAUAACUGCAUGCAGAGGACAUUAUUCCAUUGGUUUAAAAAAAAAAUCUAGGUUAGGGCCACAGGUCUUCAUGUAUUGUCUGUAUUUUAUUUCCUAGUUCCACUACUUUAAUACCAGCUCAGGGAUUUAGGACGGCAAUUGUGUGUUUUUGGUUUCAUUCCAUGUGAGCUUAACUAAAACAUAAAGCCCAGUUUUAAUCUUAUCUGGCAAUUAAAACUUUCCUCCAGCUGACAUGAUGCUUUGCUGUGUUCACUAACUUUUAGAAACACUUCUACCUGCCUUGCUGUUUUGGAGAGAUUCCCACAGUUCGAAUUAUGCAGAAAGUUCAGGCUUUUGAAAUACCUCAAUGCUGAGAAUUACAUUUGGACUAGACUUGAUUUUGAGGAUCAUCUUAAAAAAAGCUGCUUGUAAUUGGCAUUAUUUAGGCAUAAUAAAAGCUUUUGGUACAUUUACUCAUCAGUAAUAGGUUUUACCACACUUUUAUUUGACUAAGGGGCUCCUUUUAAAUUAUUUGUCUUUUGAAUGAUUGCUGGGGGUUUGGAAAGAGAUUUGGUCAAACUUUGAUGUUACAGCAUUACAUUAAGGUAGAUACAACUUACCACUUUGUAACAUUUCAACUGUGGACGAAGACACUGCUGCGGCGCAAAAAUCCGUCUAACAGUAGGUGAUCUUUACAGGGUGUUGGUGAGGUCAGGCAAGCAUGAAGAAGUCAGUGUGCUCCCAGUUAGAGAAGAAUGGAUCACAGUAAGUCAUGGAGGGUUUUGAGCAUGCAUGAAAAGUCAGAAUAGAAUAGAAACAGCUUUUAUUGUCCAGCAAAGGGGAAGUCAGGGGGAUAACAGCAGGAGCAGAUAUAAAGGUUUACUCAAAAAGUGAACAGAAGCAAGUUUUUCAGUUUAUUAAUAUGGUGGGAAAUUUGUAGCUAGUAUUUUCUGCCAAGCAAAACCCAAAAUGCCAUUGUUAUUUAGGUGAUGGUCAUCAAAUAUAAAGUUUAACAUAAGUUCUUUAGAAUAACUUUAAAAGAUGAUAUAUUUUUAUUAUUAUUUUCUAGCAGCACUUCUUACUGUCCCUGUGAUUUCAGUGCUGAACAUUUAUGAUGAUGAAUUGAGUUGUCCCAGAUCUACUUCCUCCUACUCCUGUUUUCAGCCAACAAUUCUCCAAGAAUAUUUUUAGUUUCAUAAGGGAAUUCACGGGGAUUUAAGGUGCUGGGGUAUUUAUUUGAUCAGUCUUUUUGCAGUUGUUGUAUGGCACAUAUUGAUUUGACCAAGGCAUAAUGAUUGGGACAAGAUAUAUUGUUUUGCUCUACUAUCUAAAUCCUCAUCAUUGAUUAAAUAAAAUGGCAUUUUGCUGGAUUUCAGAAAAAAAAAAACAUGUUAGUCUGUAAAGAUUAAACUAAAACCAUUUAUAAACAGGUACGUUAUUUUUAAAGAUACACCAAUAAAUUUGAUCCAAAGAUUAUAAAUGUUCAAGGUUCCACACAAAUUAGCUAAGAAAGUCAGAAUUUUACAUUUAUUUAUUACAGGCAAUAUAGCUAACAACUCUAGUCUAAAAAACAUAGGUACUUUGAUCCAUUGUUAUUGAAUUUACUACACAUCUAAUAAAAGUUUAUAAUAUAUGCUAUGAUUCAUAAAUGGGGUUAAUAUUUUUCUUCCAAAAUUCUGUAUUGGGUUCAAUGCUACAAUCACUAUCAAAAAGUGCUAUUUUUGUGUGUUGCAGUUCUCAGAAUUAGCAGGUGAGGCCAUAAAGAAAACUAGGAAUCGGUAUCAGUAGAAAUCUGAUCAGUCAAGCUUUUAUUCUUAUUUCAACAUCUCCAAACAUUCACAACAUGCAAAUAACUUCUGGACUGCUUCAGUAUUGAUACAACUAGAAGUAUGAUUUACUCUGCAGAUCUUUGCAUGACUGGGCAUGGUUGCUAUGAUGCUACAGAGUAAACAGCGCUGCAAUAGACUGACAUCAGAUGAAAUAUUUGUUCUGUAUUGUGGAACAGAAAAGCACUUGGAAUUCUUGAGGAAACAAGAAAAAAAAUCUUUUGAAGGACAAAAAAGAAAAGAAGCCCAGAUACCUUUUGUUUUAGCACUUUUGCAUUAAAGGGGUCACAGGAUUAGUUUGAAAGCCACAUUAAAUCUAUUUUGUUUCAGAGAAAGAUUUACCAAGGCAUGCAAAUUUUUUCCUGUUUGUUGGAGAUAAACCACAGUUUAUCAGGACUAUCUGUUUUUACCUCUUUAAAUUACACUUGUUCAGGUGUAUGAGAUGUGACAAUCAUUUCAGGUUUAAAAGGGACAUCAAAUUCUUCUAAACUCUUUUGUUAAUAGCUCACUUUAUGGGGUUUUAGGGAGGUUUAGAAAGUGACAAUGUUACUUUUUGCUUCAGGAUCAGACAUACUGCCAAAUAACCAUAACAAGAAAAAACUUUUGCACUAACCUGUCUACCAACGCCUCCUACACUACAUGAAAACUGACUCAUUAACUGAUCCAUAGCUUUGUAAAUUGGCCUGCAAGAUCACAGAUAGAGACAUAUAUGGAUGCAACUCAUGCUACCUUCAUAGAACAUUUUAAUGUUUUGCAGGAUGUCUUAAAGAUGACUGGAUUGCUGCAAAUGUUUUAGUCAGGUGAGGGUGAUUUGUAUUCCAGCGACAGAAACCCGCUUCCUCAGUUAGGUUGAAAAAGUUUAAUCUAGGAUGCAAUAAAAACCAGCAAGCUUACAGGUUCAGAAUUCCCUUUCUUCAGCUCCUAAUGUAGAAUUUGUACCUGUACAUAAAAGAGAUUUUUUUAUGUAUUCUCUACAUGUUAGGAUGGAUGGAUAGACGGCAGAAAUGAAGGAAUAUAAAACAAAACCAGGCAGAAUUGUUUUUUUCCGGACAGAUGGUUUGAUCUGCCCACAGUGAUAAAGAUGUGCAAAUGAAAACCUUUGACGAAAGAGUCAGUGGCUCAGUCUCUGGUUGGAUAAUAAACAACACUUUGUCAUCAUGUCGCAGGUUCAUUGCAUCUGUUUUUAUUUUCAAGUUCUGUCUCGUGUUACAGUCUCAUGCAGACAGCUCUGGUUUCCAUCUCUGUUUAAGUGUAACACUUAUUUUUAUAUGUAAAAUGGGGAAAAGUCCAGUGGUAAAAAAUAAAGUUUAAUGUUUGAUUUGAAAA